AUGCAUUUUUCAUCGUUGGUGAUGGUCACCCUUUGCGCCUUUGCGGCAGGAAUCUCGGCGACUCCCCAAAAACUAUACACCAUCAUUACCAGUAAACAAUAUGGAUUAAAUCUCACACUCAAUUCCGACAGAGGGAUUAUUGGGUUUGAGAAGGACAGCCCUUUCCGCUAUUGGGUUGAUUAUCCAGUUUCCCAGGGGGCACAUAACUGGCACUGUUUCAGGGCAAAGCAAAAAUACACGUUCAACGUCGUCUGGUGGAUUCGUUUCCAAGACUACGUAUCCGGCAAAUCUGCAACAGCACCUCUAAAUUACGCCUACCCCCCCAUCACUAUUCGAGGUCGAAACCGUGGGAGAUACCUCCUAUUUCAUUGCUAUAGAGUCUCUGGGCCGAGCGGAGAAACUGGCCUGCACAAUCGAGCAGGACAAUAA